CAGCAGGAGGAACUCACGCGAGCUUUUCUUGAAUUUCCAGGCGGGAUCGUGGUUUUAAAAACAACAGUCAAAUGUACAAUGACGCGCUCGCUGUGCUCUAACUGUGUUUAUAUUGAUGCGAUAUACAAAUAAUUAAGACGUUUUGAACGUAGCACAUUUUUAUUUGCAUCGAGGAAUCAUCGUCUUUCAUAUUCUCUGACAAAAAGAAAACGGUUGAAUCAAAAUGAGUUCCCCAGACGAAGAUGUCAGCGUGCGCACCUUGCUCAAAGCUGUGAUGCGUACAGAGCCCAAUCAGACUCCAGUGCGGGCAACGCGCAGAGAAUCAAAGUUGGAGAGUGGCCAUGCUAAAAGGAGGAGUGCAAGACUGCUGAGACAUGACAUUGGACUCAUGUCUCCCUCGAUUGCCCUCCGCAGUAAACAGAAACAAAAGAUACUACAGAGUGUGAUCAAAUCUCCACACCCUGUCAGGACUAAAAGGACUUCGAAGGUGAACAAACCAUUGAUCUGCCCCGGCGUGCUGGGAAACCAAGAGGAGCAGGAUGAAUUUACACCAAGAGGUCUUCUCCGAAGGAUCAUUCUAACACAACCUGACAAUUCGCUGGUGAUUCCUAACAGACCUGUGAGGGAUGAUGACCAUGAUCAGGCAUCCAGUCCAGGAGCUUCCAGGCCCAGCACUGAGACUUUUAAUGUCGAUCUACCUGAUCUGUCCACCGGUAAUAUUACUGCAUUUGUCAAAGGAAUCAGCAGAAAAAGACCCAAGAAAAAAAUCAGCACCACUGUGUUUGAAAAAGACUUGGAAGCGACGCCACUGCAGGUAGCAGAAAAUCAGCAGCAAGAGCCAACUGAGAACAUCUCAGCUUUGUCUGCAGGCACUGCUUCAUUCAGUUCCUUCAACCUGUCUCUCAAAACUCCAGUCGAGGAAGACCCCAAAAACCACGGACUGCGGCGGAGGGCCCCCAAACGCAAAGCCAUCAACAUCGAGGAUUUUGAAGAAGGGGUGCAAAAUUAUUUACACAAGAAAAUGGCAGGUCUGGAAAAAAGUUGCGUGGACCCCCAGAAAGUGCUCUGCGAGACGCCUGGCAUGGAGAAAUUCACUCUGGGUCUCAGUGCUGCCCUGCCCCCGGAUCUGACGGAGAUCGCUUUCAACAACACUGAACUCUUUGAACCGCCUUUCUACAAGUCCCCUAACCUUGCUGGACGGAAUACCCCUGCAAUGCACACGGCCUCCCUGCAUUCAAUCAAAGGCGCUGAUAGUAUAGAGGAGGAGGAGGAGGAGGAGGAGGAGGAGGAGGAGGAGGAGGAGGAGGAGGAGGAGGAAGGGGUGAGGCGGCCAUCUGAAGUUGGCAUGGAGCUGGACAGAGAAGUGGAGGAGGAAGAUGAAAAAGGGGUGAGGCAGCCAUCUGAGGUCAGGAUGGAGAGAGAGGAGGAGGAGGGAGAAGGGGUGAGGCAACCAUCUGAGAUCGAGAUGGAGACAGAAGUGGAGGGAGAAGGGGUGAGGCAACCAUCUGAGAUUGGGAUGAAGAUGGUGGAGGAAGAGGGGGAUGAGAAAGUAGAUGUUGCAGAUGGGGAUGAAGAGGGAGAAGAGAAGGUAGAUGAUAUACAUAAAGAUGAGAACCAGACCAAAGAACAAGAGGAGGAGGAGCAGGAGGAGGUAAUAGAUGAUAGCGAGGAUGAAGAGGUAGCAGAGGAGAGAGAAGUUGGGGAAGAGGAAGAAAGAGAAUCGGUCCUGGAUGAACCUGAAAACAUGGAAACGGAGCACACAGAGAGGAGAGCCACUCGUUCACAGACUGAAGUGAAGGAAAUGGGUGUUGACUCGAUGUACGGAGGAAAAGAAUACAGUGGCAGCUUCACUGGGGACGGGGGAGAUCUGGGUAAAGAAUUUGAGAGCCCUGCAGCUUCUAGUCAGAUUGACAGGCAGCCUGAAUCUGCAGUUCACAUAUUCCAGCAUGCUGAGCAGAGGAGUGCAAGCCAGGCUGGGGGUCCCACGUAUUCAGUGAACGAUCCCACCAAUACCAUUUCAUUGAACCAGACGCCGUUUACCCCUGGUGUGGAACCAAGCACACCGUUUGCAGCUGAGGCAUCUGAGCGUGGAAGAGCAAAUGCUCCAGAGACACCUCGCGAAUCUGAGAGGCUGAGUAGCCCAACCUCAGGAGGGGCCUCUGCCCAAGAGACCCCACAAACAUCUGCUGGAGGGGCCUUGGGGGCUGAGGAGGAGGAGGAGGAGGACGAAGAUGAUGAUGAAGAAGCGUUAGCGAGCGAUGGAGCGGAGAGCGUAGAGCUCUCUUUGAAAACGCCAGCUUUCCUGCGCACCAAGAAAUCUGUUGAAACACCUGCUUCCAGCCUGUCCACACCUCGUUUUCUCAAGGGAAAAGCUGCAAGUAAGUCUCUGCCGUCGGCUGAGAAGGCGAAGAAGCCCCAGCAGAAAAGAAAUAAAGUGGGGAAAGCAGACAAGGCGCCUGGGCUGCCGAAAAGCUUAGUCAAUUCUGUCUUCUCACACUUUGCCAAGACGACGGUGUCCCGAGACACCUACCCCAUUCUGCAGCAGUGUAUGGACAAAUAUUUUGACCGUCUCUCUGAUGACCUGGAGGCAUACGCCAGCCAUGCUAAAAGAAAGACCAUCGAAUUGGCUGAUGUGGAGCUUCUCCUUAAGAGGCAGGGGUUUGUUUCUGACAAGAUGCCCUUGAAAGUGCUGAUUGAGCGCCAUCUUCCCAUGGAAUACAGGAAGCUGCUGAUACCUGUGGCUACCAGUGGGAAUCGGGUGAUUCCCAAGAUGUAACUCUCUCCACGUUGGGCUUUAUCCACAAGCUGUUAGUCACCCCUGUAACAAUUGGUCCUGUUGGUGUUCCGCAGCCAAUGCUUUCUGACUUACUUUUUUUGUUUUGUUUUAAAGAAUAUGAUUCAGACUUCUUGCCUCUGCGCCAGUUCUUCAUUUAUGUUGUCUUGUCUAUUUUAAAUGUAUUUUUAAAAUUAUUAUUACUAUUGCCAGGCAUUGUGUAUAAUUGUAAUUGGAAAUGCAAUAAAGAUUAGAAUAAUUGUG